AUGUCGACGCGCGGCGACCGUUCGCGUCCCGCGCCCGACCGCGCGGGCGACGCCGACGCGGCGAAGACCUCGCGCCGACCGCGGCGAGACACCGGCUACGUCGGCGAAUCCCCCGCGGACGACGACGAGGUCGGAAGGUCGAUUCCCCGCGGCGACGCGGCGGUCGAGGACGUCACCGUCGCCAUGCGCCAUUUACGGACGGUGGAGGAGGCGGAGGAGGCGACGGCGGAGGAGGAGGACCGCGGCGCGCACGCCGACGACGAGCGCGACGAUGACGACGCGAUGGCGACGGCCCGUCCCGAGCCGCGCGGCGAAUGGACGACGAAGCCGGCGACGGAGACGAGCUGGCGGGGCGACGGCCGAGUCGCGGCGUGGCUAGCCGAGCGCGAGCGCAAGGCGAACAAGCGCGCGCUCGGCCCGCUCCGACGCGCGCGCAAGGAGCUCGAGUGGAUCACGCGCCGGCGCAGCGCGCAGAUCGCGAAUUACAGGCGAGACCGCAAGAUCGAGAUCGAGGAGCAGCGCGAGGCCAUGGCGCAGGCCAAGGUGGCGUCGUACGGCGCCGCGGCCAAGGACGGGGCGGACGUUGUAACGACGAACGACCGCGUCGGCGUCAUUGAGGACGCGGCGGCCGUCAUCGAGCGCUCGCGCGCGAUCGCCCGCCUGCCCGCGCGCGUCAGCGUCCCGCGGUUCAACGCCGCCGGCGGUGCGCGGCGCACCACGAGAGGCGGCCGGAAGAAGAAGACCUCCGCCGCGCUCCCGUGGGUCACCGCGCCCGCGCGAGCGAACCGGCGCUCGAGAACCGACGGCUCGCAAAGGGUUGAACACGCCCCCCACGGCGCGAGGUUCGUCAACCAGCGAAGCGUCUGGGUCGCGCCUGGGGUGUUCGUGCAGAUGGCGCGCGACGACACGAAGGUUCCAAGGGACGCCGCGAGGCGCAACGCGGCGGUGUUCGGGGGCGCGCCCUACGACGCGAGGGAAGAAGAGGCGGCGCGGAGGAGGCGAGCCUCCGACGUUCCAGAGUUUUUCGAGUGA